GUUAUCUCGGAGGAAGAACUGUCUGGAGCCCGUUAAAUCGUAAGUCUAUUUGUUUAUUAGUUAAUGUUAAUAUUUAAUACCACGAUGUAACAAAAAUCAGAUACUAUUAAUUCUCAAUCAUUAAAUUAAUUUCAAUCAGAAGUAAUCAAUAUUUAUAUCUUCAUCGGUAUUAAGCAUUAAGCGACUGCUGUAACUGAAGUAUUAAAGAUGGAUUCUACAUUGAAUGUUUCAAGAUCCAUGGAUAACUCCAUUUCCAUGAUAAAUCAAUCAAUAUCAGCCAAAGAUAGUUUAGAUCUAUCUGGCAAAAUGUUGGAUCGAUAUUUUGCUGCAGACGACUCAUUUCCAACACUUAUUGAGAAAAUGCAGAUAACUAAAAGCAGUCAAAGUGUUAGUGGAUGUACAGAAUAUGAUUAUCCUAAAGAAGGACUAGGGAUGCCUUCAAUUACUCCCCUUAAAUCAAGACACAAGAUACCUCUACCAGGAGCAUUACUUGAGCAGUGGAAUGAUGCACAAAACUUUCAUCGCAAGUUGGGGAUAUUUCCUAGUAUCAACCGAGUUUGGGUAACAAUUGAUCAAGAAUUCUUUCUAUGGGACUAUUGUGAAGGAACGGAUUUAUCUUAUUUUGAUGGAAUGAACUCAACAAUUUUUGCAGUAGCACUGGUACCUCCUAAACCUAAUGUAUUUCAAGCCCACAUUAAACAUUUGUUAGUCUUAGCUACUGGAUUAAACAUUGCAAUACUAGGAGUAACAUUUAAAAAAGUUACUGGUGUUGAUGGUAAAACUGUAGAACAACUGGAACUCACUACAGAUACCAUUUAUGAAGUUCCCACUGAAGGCGUAAUAACCUCCAAAAUUGUUGGAACUGACAGUGGACGUAUUUUUCUUGCAAGUGAAGAUGGUAACCUGUUUGAAAUUGAUUAUUGGAAAGAUUUAGGAUGGUUUUCAAUUGGGAAUGGAAGACGUUGCAAGAAAGUUUGUCAUUCAACUGGUACUUUAUCAUAUAUUCUACCAUCAUUUUUUACCUAUGCGAUCACUGAACCUUCUGCCAUUAUUGAAGUAGCUGUUGAUAAUACACGACACAUACUUUACACACUGACUGAAAAUAGUUCAAUUGAAAUGUAUGAUCUUGGAUCUGAUGGUAAAUCUACCAGCCGAAUUGUUUCUUUGUCACAUUCUAAUCUUGAACAUCAAGUUUCGAAACUGCUCAGAACUAUAGAAAUAGCUCAAAUGACUAUAUUGAGUAGUAUACAAAUCGUAGAAGAAACUGAAUCACCUAACAUUCAUCUGUUGGUUGUAUCCAAGUCUGGAUUUAGAUUGUAUUUUUCUACUGGGGCAAUAACCUCUAGCAAUACUAGACCUUACACAUUACAACUUGUACAUAUACGUUUGCCUCCAGGAUAUAAUAGAGUUAUUGGAGAAUCUAAACCGAGUAGUGUUCAGCACGUGUUGUACAACAGAGGUACUAUUAUAAUGGCAUGCAACACUGACAUAACUAAUUAUAGGCCAAUGUUGUGGUGUAUAUCUCCAGAUGAAUAUGCAUUUAGUCCUAACUUUAGUGAAAGAUAUUUUAUUACUGAUUUGGAUAUGUGUCCUUUAUCACUGGACAAUAUAGGACCAAAUUUAUUAAUAUACAAUGACCCAAGUUCACCACAACCACCACUCAUUGUUCGUCAACAAUUUGAAAAUCGCCAAGAAUAUAUAACUUUAGCUCCACAGGGUUUGGAAAUUUUUGAAAUGCUUCGUCCUUAUGACACUCUCUGUGAAUUACUGGCUAGCAGUCAAGGUUCAGAAACAGAUGCUAUCAAAACAUAUUUUAAAAAUUUCACAGAUAACCAAGCAUGUGUAGCAUGUCUCACAAUUAUUUGUGAUCAGUCAUUAAAAAACAUAAAGAUCAAAGAAUAUGCUACUCGUGCAUUUUUCACUCAUGGCGGUGAGCCUAAAUUAGUGACUGAAAAUUUACAUGAAUCACUUCAUGAAUUAAGAGUUCCUCAAAAUAAUAGUUUCAGACCAAGUAAUUUGUUGACAACAACUAUGCCAUCAUAUAUGCCAACUUUUAUACAAAAUCAGACAAAUAUAACACACUUACCAUUUGAAUCCACUAGUGUCCAGUACUCUUCGAAACACAAUGGAUUAUAUUUAUUUGUGAGUCGUUUACUGAGACCUCUUUGGAACAUUAAAGCUGUUAAUAUGGAGACCACUGAUGGGAAAACUUAUAUUGUAAAUACUGUAUCUCCAGAUGAUUGUUCGUUUGUUGCAAGCCAUUUGCAAACUUUGCACUCUUUCAUGAACAAUUAUUCAAAAAUGUUGGCAAAUUAUACCAGAAUACCAUUUGACGCAUCUAAACGAACAGCUGCUCAGGAUGCACAUCAAUCUGAAUCAAAAUCUAUAGAAUGUUUGAAACAAUUAGUUGUCCGUAGUGCUGAAGUGUUUAAUUUGUGGAAGUUACUCAGUGAACAUCAAUUUUAUAUAAUAGCUAAGGAAUUAAAUGAUCAAGAACAACGUGUAUUGGAAAGUGUUACUUUCAAAGAAUUGAUCCUUGCACACCAAGAACUAUGUCAAACUUUGGUUCAAAAACUAUUAGACACAUAUCUAAAUGAAAGUUCAUCUGUAGAAUCAAUUAGUACAAAAUUACGACAAGUCUGUCCAUCCAUAUACCAUUCUGAAGACGCUGCUUGUGCAAAAGCUUCAGAAAUGAUUAAAUUAGCGCAAUCUACAGCUAAUGAGGAUGAGCGUAAACGAAUUUUAUACCAAUCUCUCAUGGUGUUGAAAGAAGUGGCACCAAAGUUUAACUUAACGUCAGUGUGUUUACAAUACACAAAUUGUGCGUAUAUGGAAGGCGUAUAUCAGAUUUGUAAAGAGUGUGCUAAAAAAAUUGAUCCUAAGAAUUUAGGAGGUCAUUAUUUUGUCAACAAUAUGGUAUUGGAUAGAGAUGGACCAGGUUAUGGUGCCUACAUGCUCAGAUUAGAUAUUUACAAAGAAAUAAGUGCAAGUUUAGAUCACUUAUACUCAAUCAUGGUGAAAAAUCCAUCUGUGUUUAUACCCACUCGGCCAAAUUUAAUACCUGGAAUUCUAGAAAAUUCUGCACUAACUUCUGAACAAUCUUCUAAUUUGGUUUCUGAAUUGAUAAAAUUGUGUAUCUCCUGUGAUGAUGAAAUCAUGCACACUGUAGUGUAUAGAUGGAUGAUAGAUAAAAAAUUAAUAAAAGAAACAAUUGAAAUGGGACAUCAUAGUUUGGAAAAGUUUUUAUUGGCUCAGUCCCGGUCUGAUGAAAACAAUAACUAUAUCAAAGAUGUACUCUGCAGAUAUUAUGAGUACAAUGGAAAUUAUAAUGAGGCAGCUGAAGUUCUGGCAUCAUUGGCUAAAAGACCAGAUUGCGGCUUAACUUUAAGCGAUCGCCUUAUGUAUUUGGGCCGGGCUAUGGCAUGUUUACGCAGUAAUAAGCUGAGUACACCAGCCUUCAAUGUUACCAGUCUCAGAGAUGUUGAAGAUUUGUUACAAGUAGCUGAAAUACAGAAAAUGAUAUUGGAUUUAUUGUCGUCGAGUCAAAUUAAUGGAAAAGCUGAUAUUAUUGAUAAGCUUAAUAGCUGUCUAUUUACAUUAGGCGAACUUUACAGUAAUUUUGCUGAACCGCAUAGUCUAUGGGAAGCUCAGUUGGCGAUAUUACAGCUUUCCAAUCAUGAUGAUCGUGAACUAGUCAAUCAGAUUUGGGAAAAUAUUUUAUUAAAAGUUGUGGAAGAUUGUGGAGAUAUUGGUGAGCACAACAAAAUGACCAUUGCUCUUGAAAAAAUAAAGUCGUUGGCUAGUUCGCAUCCAAUUAAUUCAUCUACAUUUGACUUAGAGUAUGUAACGACAAUGUUGGAAUAUUUGAACUGUAACUUGGGUGGAGAUUUGGAAUCUGUAUACACAACUAUGUUAACUAUUGGUGCUCCAAUCGAAUCUUUGGUAGCAAUAUACAAAAAAAUUUAUUCUACUAACGAUCCACGGUGGCAAAAGACAAGUGAGCUACAUGUAUUAGAAGUUAUCAUGAGUUUGGCUCGAUAUUAUUUACAAAAUGUUGAUUUAUGGCCAUCCGGAAUGCAAAGGAGAUCCAUUGCUGUGAAUUUAUUCGAUUUGUUAGUUAUUUGUCAAAACAUGUUGUAUAGCCGUUUUGCACAUAGUCCACUGAUCGAAGGUGUCAUCGCUAUCAAAAAUGAACUUGACAACAUCAUUAAAAACUAACGUAGCAACAAAUCUGAUUUUUAUACAUUCUCCAAGCGUCAAUUAUUAAUAUGUUGUAAAUUCCAUAUUUAUUUCAAAAGAUAAAUGUAAUAUUUGUUUGAAUUUUAAGCUGUUUACUUCAAAACUAUUAACUAGUACUUUUGUAAAUCAUGUAUUUGAUAUUAUAUUAACAGUUUGAUUGUUUCAAAGAUAAUUUAAUAUUUUAUCAAAACUGUCUGUAUAAUAAUAAUUAUGUUGAAAAUAUCAAGUUUGUAUUAUUAUGAUUGUAAUAUUUAACGAGAUUCCCUGUAAAUAAUUCAACAGAAGGAAUAUAUUUAAGACACUUAUGUUAUACAUUUAGGGGAAUCUAUAAAUUACUUUUUCUAUGUACUUAUGUAAUAUCUUUUUUAUUUUAUCAAUAAUAUUUACAUAUUAAAGUUUCAUGAAUUUAAAAGAAAAACAUAGUUAAUGCUAAAUUGUUAUCACAAAAUGCAUGGUGACACUGACCAUGCAUAUAAAUUAUGGUUCCAUUGGCUUACAAAGAUGUAUAAUUCAUUAAGCAGUAUUGAUGUUAACAAAAAUGGAAUUUGCAAUUUUAAUUUUUUUGUUUUUUUAAGUCUAGUUGAUUCGCAUUCUACAAAAACUAUAAAAUAAUUGAUAAAGUAAUAUAAUAAACGAACGGUCCUACUUCAACCAUCUUGAAGUGCCAACAAUCAUUGCACUUAAGAAACAUUAAAAAAAAAUCCAGUUAAAAUGAGAUAAUCUGUCACUCAGAAAAUUGUCUAUACAUACACUAAGAUUUCAUCAGACAUUCGAUAUGCUACAGAAAUUAUUCAGAAUUUAAUGAAACACAAACGUUAACACUCAAACCAUAUUUUUAUUUACUGAUUUUUAGUUAAAAUACCUGACAAAUAAAAUAAAUAUUUUAAUGAAAUGUAAAAAUUAUUGUCUUCAAUAAUCUAUGUGACAUCAGAAGUCCAUGGGAACAAUUAUUUUAAUCCAAAUCAGAUCCAAAAAGGAACAUAUGUUAAAUUUAUGAACUGAAAUGCAAAUAAGUCAAACGUGUUAUCUAUUUGAUUUGUAACUUUAUUAUCACAUGUAAAUACUAAUUA